UUCAAUUUCAUGGCUUAUAAGUCCCCUGGUAUGGGCACAGAAUUACCUUUCAGGCCUAUUCCCUCGUUGAUAAAUGACCAUCUUCGUUUUGGUAAUUGUAUUUUAUUAUGCAAAUUGGGUUGAAAGGUUUAGAAGAAUUCUCAUAAAAUUUAGAUGGAUUCUUACUGCGAGCCCCGAUUCUAUUAACGCCCAUUGAGUGCUGCCAUUUUCGCCCGUUACAACUAUAAAAAAAGCCCCGCAGGUGGUUCUAAUUUCGAAAGUAGAUCCUAAUUUCAAGGCUGCUUCUUUUGAUGAUAAAGUUUUCAAAAAAAGAAAAGAAUUAUUAUUAAUUGAGCGCAACAUUUUGUCAAACUUGAACUAAAACUAGUGUAAAAAGCUAGAAAAAACUACCCGAAAGCGUUCAGCGCCUGCAAACACUUAUCGUCUAAGUGCUUUUAAAGUGUCACUUCAACGGUUGGUUGAUAACUUUGAUCUAAUCGAGUUUAAUUAAAACUAGAUUAAUUAUUCAUUGUCGUUUAUCCGUCUUUUUUAACUCACCCUUUUGGGGUUGCUUUUCAGAUGUAUUCCUAGUUUUCAGUAUUCUUGCGUAAUUUUCGAUCUCAUUACUAAAUGUUUAUCCUCUACAGCUCUUCAGAAAAUAUUACUUUUUUUAAAAGUCAUUGAAUGUCCAGAGCACCAAUUCGUUCAAUUAAUUAAUCUUCAACAUUUAGCCUCAAAAGAAUUCUGCUGCGAUGGGUUUUUGUUUGGACACUUCAAUCCUGCAACAAGUUUUGGAUGAUUGGAAACAGGAAAUUUCCUUGCUCCUCGAGGACUCCACCGCCCAUGGAAUGGAGAGAAUUGGAUCGGGACCGCGUAAAAGGUCAAUCUUCUGGAUCCUGACCUUCUUUCUGUCCAUGUUUAUGGUCAGCAGCCAGUGCUGGACACUGAUUGGUCAAUAUCUGAGUUAUGGAAAGACAGUUUCAAUUGCGCUGAGGGAGGAAAAAUUGCCCCAAUUUCCGUAUAUUACCUUUUGCAGUGAGUUCUUUGUUCCUGAUGAUGUUGAGCCGAGUCCAUACUUCGUGGAAUUGACUAAACUGGCGAAAGAACACAUCACAGCUCAGCAAGUGGAUAUCAGCACAGAGACGGAUAUCAACAAGAUCCCCGAGAUCAUGGAGGCCUACAACGUCGGCAACAUCUCCGCCGAACACAUGGUCGACAUCUGGUACGAACUAAAGGAACAGAUGUUCAACAUCACCGAUUACAUGCGCUACCCCGGACGCUACAACUUCUCCGAUUUCCUGGAAUUGCAAGAAAUGAUGUCAUACUCUGGACCCCACAAGUCAUACGCCAUGUCCAAACUCCACCCGGAGAGCUACUUCUUCGACUGCUCUUUCAGAGGGAAGCCAUGCAAUUUCAGUGACUUUUCAGUUCAGAAGAGUGACUCUUAUGGCAACUGUUUCACCUUCCAGUCUCCCGAAUAUUCUGACACGCCACAAGACUCGCCGAAGGGACUCCCUGGUCUCAAGUUAAAAGUGAGGUUGCCCGAGACCUCCGAAAAAGCGAGAGCAGCCACUAAAGCAAUCCGCAUAUCUGUUCACGAUGCAAACCAACUGCCCUCUUUUGCCGAAGACAGAGGGUUGUUCACGCCUCUGGGCAUCGAUGCCCUUAUCAGAUUCAACCAGAAGGCACUUCUUCGGUACGACAACAGGCGUGAACACUGUAGCGAUGUGUGGCCUCUUCAGAGUCGUCAGCUGGAUGGACUGGCAUACAGCGACAAAGUGUGUCGCAAACUCUGCAUCGAGGAUUCUCUCUACGAUGAAUGUGGGUGUGCUCUGUCUGUUCUCUAUAAAAACAUCUACCCUCAAAGACAGAAAUGCAUGCUGGCCGAAAAUGGAUCGCAUCAUCUCUGUUGGCAACAGUACUCCUCUCGUAAAGUGGACCACGCAGUUCCUCAUAAGUGCGAUCAGAGGUGUCACUUGCCAUGCCGGGACACCCAGUACGAGUUGGCUCUAUCGGCUGCCAAGUACCCACACAUCAACUCAAUAGUUCCAGAACUGUUGAGUUUGAUGCGCAGCAGCAACUCCCUCGUGCGCAACGACUCCAAGACAUUCCUGUCAGACCUCGCCCACCUCUUCAACAGUUCACAAUACCCCUCAUGUGAACAGAUUUUGAACAAAAAUCCAGAUGUUAAUGUAUACAGUCUGGUCUCUUGUUUUAUUCACUAUAAUCCACUCAAGUGGUUCGAUGAGAUCAAAAAACAAGAUGGCAUCAAUGAUUUACUCGACAAGAUAAGGUCGAUGUAUGCGACGAUUCACGUGACAGAAGCAGUGAAUGACCAUGAAAUUCAGACAGAAAAGCCAGAGAUACAGUUUGAGAAGCUGCUUGCUGAGAUCGGAGGAGUUCUUGGACUGUGGGUCGGCAUCUCAGUAAUCACGCUGAUGGAGUUCCUCGAAAUCAUCGUGUUCUCCGUUUACUUCCUCCGCAGCUCCUGGAACUGGCUCUCCAAAAUACCCAAGAACGCCAUAACCACGUCCAAAAACAAUGGAAGUACUUUAAAUCCUGUUACGCACAAUUUCAACCGCGCUUCUCCUACGAAAAGGGGCGUGGAGCACCGAGAGUUGACAACUUACGUGAAUUGCUAUGUUAAAGAAUCUCCAUCGGCCAAAUCUUCACAGCAAAGUGGAAACGAUCUUUUAGUUCCGAGGUCCAACAGACAAAUUCCAGUUUUCACUAUUGAAAAAAAGGCCGAAGAUGAAACAAGUUUUGAUUAAAAAAGAGACAUCGGAUUUUAUAAAUAAUUAUUUAAUAAAAAAGCAUGCUGAUUUUA